UCCUUCGCGGUUAAGGGACAUUUUCUAAGACAUAUCGGCAGAUAUUCGAAUAUGACUGCAGUGAAGUGAGCAGUAAACUGUCUAACAGGAGAGGAUCAACAAAGCUGUAGAAUAUAUUUAAGAAAGCGAAGUGGAGAUUGCGCACCGAGUCCUUGAAAUAAUUCCGAGUCUUAAAAGUACAUUAACAUUUAGCAAAAGGAGAAGAUAAAGCAGAUCGAUUAUGAAGUGGAGAUAACUUCGAUCAAUUUGGAUUUCUCUUUCUCAACUCGGUGAGGUCUAGUAGACACCGCCAGCGCAUUUUUACAGCAUACACAUAUUCAAAUCUGCGUGGAGGUGCUCAUAAACAAAAAACGCCCCACAUAUUAGUAGAAUUUUAACAUUUGCACGCAAGGAAGGUCACAGCGUCCCUGACAUCUUGCCAGGGCAACCGCAGCAGGAAUCCUUAAUCAGUGCCAUCCUUAUCUCUAGAAACAGAGCGUGAAUUAUUCAACCAGGUGGUGACUAUAAAUUUCCCCACACGAGAGCCAUGUACCUCACAAAACAGUUUCGCUGCGUGACUGUUACACGCCGCAACAUGCUCAAUUUCAUCUGGGACACGUGGCGGUGGAUGUUCCCACCCAGCCCUCUCCCCCCGGGACCCCGGGGCUUGCCCGUCGUCGGGGCGCUGCCGUACCUUGGCAGUGACGUUACGGGGACUCUAGAGACCUGGGCGCGGGAGUACGGACCUGUUUUUAGCGCUAACUUUGGAAGUCGACCUGUUGUGUUUCUGAACGGGUUUGAUGUGAUCAAAGAGGCGCUGGUGACCAGGCGGUCCGAGUUCUCCGGACGGCCGUAUUUGUAUUCUAUCCACAGAGUGUUCAAAGGAAAAGGUAUCCACAGCGUCGACUACGGCCCCUGUUGGCGCCACCAGAGACAGUUCACAGAAAAACUGAUGUACGAGGAAAACCUGGAGUCCAUCAUCCAGCGAGAAUCUCGCCACUUAUCGGACAGAAUUCAAACGUUUGGCGGGCGACCUUUUGACCCUGCCAAACUAAUGAACGUUGCCGCUGCCAACAUCAUGUGCUCGGUGCUUUUUGGGGAGAGAUAUGAUUUCGAUAAUGAAGACAUACAACGGUUACUGAGUCUCAUUUCAGACGCGCUAAAACUUGCAAAUGGUGCUUUUAAUUUCAUAUGGAUUGCUCGGUUCUUUCCGUCGGCUAGACGCUUCGACGCGCUGGCAGACGAGAUCUUGAAGACUGUGGAGAAGAUCGUUAAGCCCCAACUCGACUCCUAUGACCCCACCAAAACCCGCCAUUUCUUAGAUGCUUAUAUGCAUAAGAUCCACCAGUCGCCCCACUCGGACACCUUCAAUACUGAUCAGCUGAUGUCGGUCGUCCUUGACGUCAUACUGGCCGGUUCCCAGAAUGCAACAACCAUGAUGAAGUGGUGCCUUCUUUAUCUGGCCACACACCAAGAUGUGCAGACGACAGUUUACUCUGAACUUCAACAGGUGCUAGAGAACAACCCCUUGUCCUACAAUCUCCGUCCACAGCUACCGUACACCGAGGCCACAGUACUUGAGGUGAUACGACGAAACACGGGACGGUUCCCUCUUGGUGCAUCUCACGCGACCACGUGUGACGUCACCUUCAGGGGGUACGUCAUCCCCAAAAGCACUUACGUCAGCGUCAACCUGAACUCCGUUUUCAUGGACGAGAAGCUGUGGCCGGAGCCAAUGAAAUUCCGACCGCAGCGCUUCCUGGCGGAGAGCGGAGAAGUCAAGGAGCCUGAAUACUUCAUGCCUUUUGGUUUAG